UGAGACGAUAGAACACAGAAGAGACACGUGUUAAACUUGUGACAACUCGGAGAGUUGGAUAAGUCCCCUCACAAGUCAGAAGAUCCUCUUACCAUGGCCAAGCCAUCCUCUCCUCUGCCCAAAUCCCAAUAACACAACUCUCCUCCUUCUCUCCUUCCUUUCCUUCGUAUGGCUGCAAUCGCUUCUCUUUCCUUCCCGGCGCUGGGCCAAUCUGGAAAGAUUUCCAAUCCCACGCCUUGUCGUCCUCUCGCCUCCGUCUCCGCCAUCUGCAGGAGACUUUCUCGCCGCUCUCUGACUUCUUCCAGGCCUUCCACUUCCUCUCCCAAAUUCGUUAUCCACUGCAUGUCAAGUGUCACCGAUGUGCCACCUGUAUCGGAGACAAAGUCGAAUUUCCUCAAAGCUUACAAGCGGCCCAUCCCAAGCAUCUACAACACCGUGUUGCAGGAGCUCAUCGUGCAGCAGCAUUUGAUGAGGUACAAAAGGACUUACCGUUACGACCCCGUUUUCGCACUUGGCUUUGUAACCGUCUACGAUCAGCUCAUGGAUGGGUAUCCGAGCGAUCAGGAUCGUGAUUCCAUUUUCCAAGCUUACGUUGAAGCUUUGAAUGAGGAUCCUAAGCAAUACCGAAUUGAUGCGCAGAAGAUGGAGGAAUGGGCCAGAAGUCAGACGUCUGCUUCACUAGUUGACUUCUCCUCUAAGGAAGGAGAAGUUGAAGCGAUUCUUAAGGACAUUUCAGAAAGAGCUGGCAGUAAGGAGGGUUUCAGUUACAGCAGGUUCUUCGCUGUUGGCCUCUUUCGCUUGCUUGAGCUUGCAGGUGCUACUGAUCCAACUGUCCUUGACAAGCUUUGUGCGUCCCUAAAUAUCAACAAGAAAAGCGUGGAUCGGGACCUCGAUGUGUAUCGCAACCUGCUGUCAAAGCUUGUCCAAGCCAAGGAACUACUCAAGGAGUAUGUCGAGAGGGAGAAGAAGAAGAGAGGGGAAAGAGCCGAAUCCCAGAAAGCUAACGAAUCAAUCUCCAAGUCUCUGGGAGAUAAUAGCCUAUCUUUCUUGGUUUAAUGAAAAUCCUAAAACAAUCUAUUUGUGAUUUUUUUUGUUUUAUUGUUCUUAGUAACGACAUCAACUUCUUGACUUGAGAUAUACAUAUGCUCAUUCCUAAGAACAAACAUCACUCUGUCUUUCGAAUUUAUGAGCUUUUUUACAUAA